AUGACGUCCCCUUCCUCCUCCUCGUCCUCCUCAAAUUCUUCCCCCUCGAGACCAAACCUCUACCUUGAGAACGACCCCGCCCGCACAGGUUUCGACCCCUCUACCAGCUGGUGGCUCAACUACUUCCACAUCCUCACCGGCCGCGUCACCCCCGAGGGCAUUUUCCACUACCGCGAGAGCCGCAGCCGCGUCCACGAGGCCCGCGACGUCGAGCGCUGCGAGCAGUUCCGCGACUGGCUGCUCCGCUACAGCCCGACCGUCACCUUCCUCAACGACCGCAUCGCCGAGCUCAACCACGGGCGCAAGAUGGACGCCGCCAAUAUCCUGUGCCGCCGGUGUCCGGCCCGGCUGACGGCAGACGGCCACGUCGAGAGGCAAGGAGGUGGUUUCGAGCCCACACAUGGCAUCUUGGUCUGCGCGAACGAGAUCCGCAACAGAGGUCACCUGGAGGACAUUCUGUCACACGAGAUGGUGCAUGCCUAUGAUGAGCUGCGGUUCGAGGUCGACUUUAGAGGGCAGAGAGACUUGAAGCAGGCUGCCUGCACUGAGAUACGAGCGUCGAUGCUCAGCGGCGAGUGCAGGUUUACGAGGGAGUUUUGGACAAGGAACAACUGGAGGCUGACGGAGCAGUUCCAAGACUGCGUCAGGCGGCGUGCGGUGCAGUCUAUGAUGGCGCGGCCAUGGGUCAAGAACGACGUGCAGGCGGUCAAGGUCGUGAACGAGGUGUGGGACUCAUGCUUCUCAGAUACCAGGCCGUUCAACGAGGUAUACAGAUGA